AAAAGGAGUUGUGACAGAAGAAAAGAGAAAAUGUCUCUCCACAAGAUGAAACAAAAUUCAAUCUUUCCCACAGUUUCAAUUCUGGUUUUCUUCUUGAUUUCGAUUUCGAGAUCAGCAACAUCAUCGCCAGAUUCAUCUUUUGGUUCAUUCCUCAAUUGUCUUCUUCAAUCCCCAUCUAAUCAAUCAGUCUCUAAAGCUAUUUUCACUCCAUCCGACCCUUCUUUCCAAUCCAUUUACGAGGCUUAUGCAAACAAUCUCAGGUUCUGGACUCCUGAAACUCCAAAACCCUUGGCCAUUAUCGCUGCUUUAGAGGACGCCCACGUGCAGGCAACUGUUAUUUGUGGUAAGAAAAACAACAUACAGAUCAGAAUCCGAAGUGGUGGACAUGACUUUGAAGGUCUCUCCUAUGUCUCUUUUGUCCCAUUUGUCAUCCUUGACAUGUUUAAUCUUCGUGCAAUCGAUGUGGAUAUAGCGAGCGAGACUGCUUGGGUUCAAGCUGGAGCGACAACCGGGGAGUUAUAUUAUAGAAUUGCAGAGAAAAGUGAUUUCCAUGCCUUCCCUGCAGGAGUUUGUACCACUUUAGGCACCGGUGGCCAUUUUAGUGGAGGUGGAUAUGGGACAUUGAUAAGAAAGUAUGGAUUGUCGAUUGAUAACAUCAUCGAUGCCCAAUUAGUUGAUGCAAAUGGUAGGAUUCUUGACAGGAAAUCAAUGGGGGAAGACUUGUUUUGGGCGAUUAGAGGUGGUGGUGGAGCAAGCUUUGGUGUUAUCCUUUCGUGGAAGAUAAAGCUUGUUCGUGUUCCACCCAAAGUCACCGUCUUCAAUGUGGUGAGAACCCUAAAGCAAGGAGCUACUGACAUAGUCUAUAAAUGGCAACAAGUUUCUUCAAAACUUGACAAGGAUCUCUUUAUUAGGGUUAUGCCACAAGUUGUGAAUGGUGAUAAUGGUCAGAAGACAGUAAAUAUUUCUUUCAUUGGCCAUUUUCUUGGGCAAACGGAUCGGCUUCUUGAAUUGCUAAACAGAGAUUUUCCAGAAUUGGGUUUACAAAGAAAUGAUUGC